UGAUUCCUCCGGCGGACUGCGCGGGCGGGCGAACGACUUGAGUGUCUGCACCUUCAAAGAUAAAAGUAUGCAGAAGAUGAAAGAAAGAGCGCACUGGGAGAAGUGUUGAUAAAACAAAGCCUCCCCACCAGUUCCACGUGCUCCUGCAGUGUGGCAUCUUACCGGCUUCGAGGACAGGGCUGUCCACGUGAGAUCUCCGAUGAGAAGAGCAGACACGUGAGGGGAGAGAGAAAAGAGUUUUACCCGGAGCAUGGCCUCAGCCAAAGAUGAUGACCUGGCCGAAAGAGUGGCGCACAUUAAGGAAGAGGAGUGUGAGUGGGAGGCAGCAGGGGACUUCUGCGAAGGAAGACUUUCCGUCUUUAAGGAGGAAGAGUUUGAGGGGAAAUUAUCCAAGUUAAAGUUGAAGAUUCGGAAGAUUACCCAGUUAGUCUCGAACCGCCAAACGAUGAAACUGGGAAUUUUGAUGGAGAAUCUCAUUCCAGUUUACAGGCCCGGAUCAUGAAUACCAGACUCCCGGCCACCCAGCAGAAUUCGAUGGAAGUGAAAUGCGAAUUUGAAGAGACGAUCAUUGGAGGAGGCGGGUGGGAAGGAGAUGAGCAGCAGCCAUCUAAUAGUUUUGGAACAGUUGCAGAUUUCCGAGGGAAUGGUUUCUUCUCGCAGUCGUCAUCUACUCAGCUCUUGCUUCAACGCAAAUUGCAACACAAACAGGACAAGGAGAAGAUGAAGAAGUCAGCACGAGGAUCGGAGAAUUUGACUGCAACCUCUUUCCAGUGCAGUUCUCUUCCUGCGAGAGAAGCCGUCAACACUGAAAAACAGCAAAGGCCUAAGAACAAUCCAGUGGCUGUGUGUGCUGGCCAAGAGUCCAGAGAAACGUUUAAAAACAAAUCUGACUGUAUAGAUGUCAAGUCAAAUGAUACAAGACCAAAGCCAUAUGCCUGUACUGAAUGUGGAAAAAGAUUCCUCCAUAACUGCAGGCUCCAGGCACACAUAAGAAUUCAUACUGGAGAAAAACCCCAUUGCUGCUCUGAGUGUGGCAAGCGAUUUUCCGACAGUCGUUGUCUCCAAAGACAUAAAAGAAUCCACACUGGUGAAAAGCCGUAUGGCUGUGCUGAAUGUGGCAAAAGAUUCACCGACAGUAGUGCUCUCCAGAGCCACACAAGGAUUCACACUGGAGAGAAGCCGUUUUGCUGUACUGAAUGUGGCAAAAGAUUCACCGAGACGAGCGCUCUUCAGAGCCACAAAAGAAGUCAUACGGGAGAAAAACCAUAUUGCUGUUCCGAAUGUGGCAAACGCUUCACCAGCAGCAGCAGUCUUUGGCAGCACGCACGAAUUCACAGCGGAGGGAAGCCAUACUCCUGUCCUGAAUGUGGCAAAAAUUUUCUACAUAAGAGCAGUCUCCAAAAUCACAUAAGAAUUCAUACUGGAGAGAAGCCUCAUUGCUGCCCUGUUUGUGGCAAGCGAUUUUCUGACAGCAGCACUCUCCACAGACAUACGAAAAUCCACACGGGAGAAAAGCCCUAUAGCUGUGCGGAAUGUGGAAAAAGAUUCAUUGACAGUAGCCGCCUGCAGAGCCACACCCGAGUUCACACUGGAGAAAAGCCAUUUGUCUGUCCUGAAUGUGGCAAACGAUUCACCAACCGGAAUGGUCUUCGCCAUCACGUGCAGAUUCAUUCGGGCGGGAAGCCAUAUGGCUGCUCUGAAUGCGACAAAAGAUUUUUACUUAAGAAGAGCCUCCAGAAUCACGUAAGAAUUCACAUGGGAGAGAAGCCGACAUCUAGUUGAGAUCUGAAGGUCUCGAGCGUUCUGCUCUCCACUGCACUACUUGGUAACUUAUUCCAUGUGUCUACGGUUCUUUACAUGAAGAAAAAAUGUACAUUUGUGCGAAAUCCGCCUUUAACGGGGCCCCAGUGUCCUUGUGCAGAAUUUAUUUCCGAAGGAACGACUGCUGUCUGCGCUCAUUACCUUCAUCAUUUUGAACACUACAGUCCCGUCACCUCCUGUUGUCAGAUGACUCGAACUGAAAAGGUUCACCUUCUUCAAUCUUUCCCCAAAGCUCGCACCUCUUAAUCCUGGAAUUGGCCUUGUUGCUCUCCUGUGGACUUUCUCUAGCGCUGCAAUGUCAUUUUUUUUUUGUAAUAUGGAGACCAAAACUGAAAGCAGUUACUGCAGGUGAGGCCUCACCAGUGUGUUAUUUAGCUUCAGCACGACUUCCUGUCAGGUGUACUCUACAUUUCGUGAUAAAGAGCAGCCUAUGAGCGCUCUUGAUCACUCCUGGCCACUAUUUGAAUGGCCGUAGUGAUGAGUCCACUAUAGGCGCUUUUCCACUGCAUAGUACAGCACAGCACGGUUUAGUACAGCUCACCUUGGUUCGG